GCGCAUUCGCAAUCAUCGUGAAGCAGUAAAGUAAGAUGGCGUAGCCUUCACAAGUCAAACCGCUGUACGUAGGCCUGGCGUUUUCUCAAGAAUAUGUACGCGGAGGGAGAAAGAGUCACAUUCAUUCAACCACCGGAGGCUCCAGUAUUCGAGCCAAAUGAAGAAGAAUUUAAAGAUCCUUUGGCAUUUAUCGCAAAGAUUCGUCCUUUUGCCGAAAAAAUCGGAAUAUGCAAAAUUAGACCACCACCGGAAUGGCAGCCACCAUUCUGUGUUGAUGUAGAGAAAUUCAAGUUCACCCCACGAAUUCAGCGAUUAAAUGAGUUAGAGGUAAAGACCCGGGUAAAACUAAAUUUUUUAGAUUCAAUUGCAAAGUUCUGGGAACUUCAGGGCUCAGCUUUAAAGAUCCCAAAUGUAGAUAAGAAACCUCUUGAUUUGUAUCUCCUCCACAAGGUGGUUCAGGAAGAGGGUGGAUUUGAAGAUGUCACAAGACAGCGUAAAUGGAGCAAAGUUGCUCAGAAGAUGGGAUUCAAACAGACAGAUGGAAGGGGAUACCCAAUGCUUCGAAGCCACUACGAGAAAAUCUUGUUCCCAUUUGAUGUGUUUCGGUCUGGAGCGAUGACUGGCGACUCUUUGGAAGCCCAAGCUAGAAAAGCCAAGUCCGUCAAAUACGAGGAUGGAGAAUACAUCCCAAAGACCAAAUCGAGAAUGUCACGGAAGACCGAGCAAGAUUUCUUCAAUAUAAACGUAAGCCCGGAUCUGGACUUAGAGAACAACAAAGAGUUUCAGAAAUUAAGAUUUGCUGCACCAGGUCCAAAGAUGAUUGAUUCAAAGCAAAUCAAACAAGAGCCAGAUUUCGACAGUCGCCAGUCGUUGAAAAUCAAGGGACAUUAUGAUCCAAAGUCGGAUCUUAAGGAGGUGCGGGAAUUGACAAGACGGCGACCAGGAAGAACUACUCGAGAGAAGAAACAGGCCCAAUCUUUUACUGUUGAUGACUACAUGUGCCAAGUCUGUGACCGAGGAGACUCAGAAGAGAGCAUGCUUCUUUGCGAUGGAUGUGAUGCGUCUUACCAUACGUUCUGUCUGAUACCACCCCUCUCAUCUGUUCCACCUGGCGACUGGAGAUGUCCCCGGUGUGUGGCACAGGAGUGCAGCAAACCUCAAGAGGCCUAUGGAUUUGAACAGGCAAAGACAGUUUAUUCAUUGAGAGAAUUCGGUGUCAUGGCUGACAAAUUCAAGGAAGAAUACUUCGGAGUUCCUGCCCAUGAGGUACCUACAGAAAUUGUCGAAGACGAAUUUUGGAGGCUUGUCAGUUCGUUAGAUGACGAGGUUGUCGUCGAGUAUGGGGCUGAUUUGCAUACUUUCGAUCACGGAUCAGGAUUUCCGACCCGGAGUAACACUGAUGAUCCGGAUGAUGAGAAAUACAUCAAAUCAUGGUGGAAUCUCAAUAACCUUCCUGUACACGAAAAAUCUGUUCUUGGCUUUAUCAGUGCUGACAUCUCUGGAAUGAAGAUUCCUUGGAUUUAUGUUGGCAUGUGUUUCUCGAGCUUUUGCUGGCAUAUUGAAGAUCACUGGAGCUAUUCAAUCAAUUACAUGCACUGGGGAGAGCCAAAGACUUGGUAUGGCGUUCCGAGCCAUGCAGCUGAGAAAUUCGAAGAUUGCAUGAAAAAAGCUGCACCUGAACUGUUCGAGGCGCAACCAGACCUACUGCAUCAUCUGGUGACAAUUAUCAACCCAAAUACACUAAUGAAUGCUGGUGUGCCAAUUGUGAGGACAAAUCAAUAUGCUGGGGAGUUUGUCGUCACGUUCCCAAGGGCCUAUCAUGCUGGUUUCAAUCAGGGAUACAAUUUUGCCGAAGCAGUUAAUUUCUGUCCAGCUGAUUGGCUACCAAUGGGGAGGAGAUGCAUUGAUCAUUACAGAAGCAUGAACAGAUGUCCUGUUUUCUCUCAUGAAGAGCUUAUAUGCAAAAUAGCCUCCAAUCCAGAUGACCUUGAUUUAGAUCUAGCCAAAGCAGUAUAUGACGAUAUGGAGGCUAUGGUAAAGGAGGAGGUAUAUCUACGAGUUGAACUCAAGAGAAAGGGUGUCUCUGAGGCCGAACGUGAAGCGUUUGAGCUCCUACCUGAUGAUGAGCGACAGUGCUCCAUUUGUAAAACGGCAUUGUUUUUCUCGGCAAUUGUCUGCUCUUGUCGCAAGGACCAGAUGUCUUGCUUAUAUCAUGCUGACGAACUUUGUCCUUGCGGUAUUAUGAAGAAAUCGAUCAAGUAUCGGUAUAACAUCGAUGAGCUGCCAUCCAUGUUAAGUCAAUUGAAGAAGCGUGCAGAUUCUUUUGAUAAUUGGUGUCAGGAUGUAAAAACCAUCUUAGAGUGUGCACAGGAAGAAAAGCAUGAGGUGUCAGAACUGAAAGAGUUACUAGCAGAAGCAGAGCAGAAUCAGUUUUCGUCCUGUGAAUUGCUGGAUCAGUUGAAAUCCGCCGUAGCAGAGGCAGAGCAGUGUGCCCAAGUCGCCACGCAGCUGUUCGUCAAAAAACAUAAAACCAGGCACAGCAGUGGUUUGAGUCCCGGACCGAAGCUUACGCUGAGCGAACUUAGAGAAUUUGUGCAGCAAGUGGAUAAUCUGUCCUGCGUUAUUAAAGAAGCAAGAUUGGUCACUGGUCUGCUUAAUCAAGUUGAAAAUUUCCAGUAUGAGGCAACCUGCAUUCUUGAAGAUUCCACUUGUGAUAUACAAAAGCUAACUGACCUCGUUGAGCACGGACAGACUCUUGAUAUCGAUCUACCAGAGCUGACUAGCUUAAAGCAAGAGCUUCGUGGAGCUAGGUGGCUAGAAAAAGCAAAGGCAAUUCAAAAGAGCAAUAAUGAUAUCACUCUUGAUGACUUGCGUUCCCUCAUCGACCAAGGAAUGAAACUCCAGAAAAAACCAGCUGAAGCAUGUUCUUACAACCUUCUUACAACCGAUUUUUCAGUUAUCGAGAAGCCCCUGAGAGAGCUUAAAGAGCUACUUUUCAAGAGCGAUCGUUGGGAAGAAAAAGCAAAGCUAUGUCUGCAAGCAAAACCGAAGCUUGCAGUAAGCACAAUUGUUGCAAUAGUGAGGGAAGCUACCAAAUUUAAGGUUAUUUUGCCGAAUAUAAACACAUUAAAAGAGGCUCUGGAGAACGUGCGCGAUUGGGCCCAAAAAGUUGAGCGAAUACAGAAUGAUGUGAACUACCCUUAUCUGGACGUACUAGAGGAACUAGUCGCGCGUGGCAGGCCCCUUCCAGUGCGCCUAGAUCUGUUGCCGCAGAUGGAAUCACAGGUUGCUGCUGCGCGGGCAUGGAAAGACCGCACGUCAAAAAUAUUCGUGAAAAAAGGAUCGGCACUGCCGCUUUUUGAGAUCAUCGCCCCUCGCAAAGAAAUCGUUAAAUCAAGUUUAGCUGUUAAAAACAAAAAGAAGAAAGAGCGCGAGGAUAAAGAGAAACAAGGAGAGACAGAAAUGGAAAACGAACCAGAAUUUAUAAAUCUUGAUGAUUAUGUUGCGCCUGACCCAAGUACCAGACUGAAGGAAUUGAAAGAAGAAGAAAGAAUCGAAAAAGAUUUGAUUUCUAAUUUAAGAAAAGUGAAUCUACAACGAAUUGAGAAUGAAUGCGUUGAUGGACCUUUUUGUUUAUGUGGUAAAGGCAUAGAUGGUCUGAUGGUGCGUUGCUGUCUGUGUUAUGACUGGUUCCAUAGCUCUUGCAUUUCGUUGCCUAAAGUAGUAAACGGCAAGCCUAUUUUAAAGGGUCAGACGGCCUUUGAUAUUAUGAAGGACUUAAAGUAUAUGUGUCCGUUAUGUACCAGGUCUAGACGACCUAGGUUAGAGACAAUUCUUGGUUUACUAGUGUCGCUGCAGAAACUGCCCGUCAGACUGCCGGAGGGAGACGCUUUGCAGUUUCUGAUAGAGAGGAUCAUGAAAUGGCAAGAAAAGGUCAAACCUGUUCUUGAAGACAAGGCAGUUGAACCAUUGUUGCUAACUUUACUUCUGAAAAAAAAGCUCAGCACAGCUUCCAUGUCAAAUGGAAACAGUAAGCUAAGCACAACAAAAAUCACCUUCAAACGUAUUGUAAACGAAAAUCUUGAAUUCGGUCCGGGGAUCUUCGAAAAGGGCAUAGUCGGAGGUAUUAAGAACGCGGAGGAAAAGAAACAAAGUGAGGAUGAAGAGAUGGAAUCGUUGCCAGUUAUAAGGCCAAGAGAGGUGAAUUCGUCAAUUGCGAUUGAAGGUAAGCAAGCCAAAUUAGAUGUCAGAAAAAGCGAGGUUAAAGAAGUGGACGAUCCUUUGACUUUGGAAUGUGAGGAGGAGAUGACAGAAAGUCCGAAAUCAUCUGGAUCUAGGGAAGAUGGUGUAACAGAAACCGAGGGCAGUGAUCAUUCUGCAUUGUCACAGAAGCCUUCGGGUGCCCAGAGCCCCGUAGAUGUAUGCUCUGUGUCUGCGGAAACGACUUCGAACAGUGUUGAAAAAAAACCUGUUGAAAUUGGAGAUCUACGUAAAAUUGAAGAGUUACUUAUGGAAGGAGACUUGUUGGAAGUCACUAUGGAUGAGACCCAGCAUUUGUGGAUGAUUUUAAAUAGCCAGCGGCCCUUGCUUCUCGAGGACUGUAAAGUCAUGGAUCACGAAUAUCGCAGGAUGCUGACGAAGAGCAACAAAAAGAAGAAAAGAAAAAUUGAGGAAAGUACACAACGGCCCAUUAUUUCAUCUGGGCUCAAAAAGGACACCAAAGAAGUCCCAAAGAAAAAGGUGAAGAAGCUAGCGGCAACAACAACGAAAGGUGACACGGAAGCAAAAGAUGUUGAUGUUGUUGAGACGGAAGACGUAGAAGAUUCAGAUGAGGACUGUGCUGCGAAGCCAUGUAGACAACCGACAGGUGAUGAAGUUGGUUGGGUACAGUGCGACCCAUGCAGCAGUUGGUAUCACGUGGCUUGCAUUGGUAUUACGGCAGAGGCUGCCGAUGCUAUGGAAACCUAUGUCUGCCCGCCGUGUGAAGCGUCAGGCAAGGGAUUCAGCGUUUCUUCAGCAGUUAGCCAAAAUUGACACAACAGAUGAGUGAUAACACCAAUCUCAUCCUUGUUUUUAUCACGUGACCGAGCCAUUUCAUUAUGGACAGUCUCCUCUCGGAAGCGCGGCUGAACAAGAGCUGCAGGCCCCAUGUUGAUUCCCAAUAACAACAGCUGAUAUGGCCAAUUCGAGAUGAUAGUCCUGGAUAAUUGAAACCUCCGCUACUUUAUCCCUGGCACUCUGAAAUGACGUUAGCUACUACCAGAAGUAGUUGAAGUGACUGAACCGAAAAAAAUUAUUUAAAUACUUGUCAAGAUAAUUCCCCUAAGCAUUAUAUAAGACCGAUUUUUAAGAUUUUUUCUCGUGAAGAUUUAAUGGCUCUAGUGAUCGCGUAGAAGGCGAUAUAAGGAGUUCUUACAAGAAGUAGAAACAACACGUUGAUAUGGCGACUCGUGUGUUUAUCAGUUUCCAAUAAAUUUUUGGUCCCAAACCUACCGAGAUGCUAACAGUCGAUUACAUAACUGAGAAGCACCUAGUUUAAUGGUAGUAAUUAUGUAAUAGGUCAGAUAUUGUUGGUAUACUUUUGAGUAAUUUCAGCUAAAAAUUUUGCUUUGUAAAUAAUGCAUCACUCGACCCUUUGUUCGCAUUGCCUUGCAUCAAUUAUGCUUGAGCCCUGCUCUGAAGACCGAAUAUUUGUCCAUUUCUAACAAAAUUCGUGUAACAGAUACUUAAUAUCAAACCCUGGAUUUGGCCCCUAUUAAACCUGUGUAGUUGUUGGAUGUGAGAUUAUAUUAGGUGAGACGAUGAGAUGGGAAUAAGCCUGUGUCCCAGACCUCUACUUUUAGGUUAGGGGUCUGGAGCACAGGCUAAGAGACUGAGAUGAGAUGAGAUGAGAUGAGAUGAGAUGGGAUGGGAUGGGAUGAGAUGAGAUGAGAGGAGAUGAGAUAAGACAAGAUAAGACAAGAUGCGAGAUGGGAUAAAAAGAGGCGGGGUGAAUGGAGACGAGGGCAGAGCCCCAAGUCUCCCCAGAAAAAGGAAGCAAUACCUCAAAUUUUUUAUGUUUUGGUAUGGAAGUUCUUAAGACCAUAUAUUUAUGAACGUAACCUGAUUUCCUAACCCGCCCUGUAGGUUUCUGCACCUCUGAUUCUUGCACCCGUCCAGGUCUCAAAAUGGAAAGUUCGUACUCAUUGACUUCCAAACUUGAACUGAAAGCCCUGGAGAUCUUAGGGUAUUAAAGGUUGCUUAGAAUAAAGAAUAGAUGAAAUGGAUCGUCAAUGUUGCGUUAUCACACUCUGUAAUGUUGUUUAGUGUUUUGUUAAUGAGAAUCCUCUUUGUGGGGUAACCAAUAUCAUGUGCCUGGAUCCAUUAGUGUACCUCGUUAUUUUCUUAAAAUCAAUUGAAUUACCAAGGGCCUUUUAUUUUGUUGUUGAAUCAGUCCUGUUUCGGCUGUGAUUGGAUUAAUUUGAUAUCACCCUCUUGCUUCGAAAAGUUGCCAAGAACAUUGAAGGAAUUUUGGCCAAAAAAUUGUGGAGAUAAUAGAUAGUUGUAAGGGUUCUUAAAAUGUCAUCCUUGCAGGGGCGGGCAACUAUUUCCACAUUUGAAUCAAAUUUAUGACUGUACCUGGAUCGGGCAGAUAAUGGUUAAGGAAAACGCUCUUAUCAACUGAAAACUGCAACUCUCUAGGUUUACCAGGUAACCUCACUGAGAGAGAUGUUUGUUCUAAUCUUUCUAAAACAAAUUUCUCCAGGUAUACUGCAAUUACAACUUGACCAGUGAAUGGGAUAUCUUCCUUACUGUAUUUGAGAAUGAAACCUCCUUCGGUUGUUGUGUGAUGAAUUCCUAAAAAAUUAUAUUUAAAAAAGGUUCAGUGUUAUUUUUUCGUUUAGUAAUGGAUGUUAUUGCAAGAGACCAGCUACGAGAAAACGUGCAGCAAGGAUGUUUGUGUGAACCCUAUUUUGAUGAACUUCAGCUGCAAGAAAUACUGCUUCUUGCGAGGGUUUUGUAUUUUUAUCUUAUAAAUGAAGUUCAAUGUUCCAAUAGCUAGACAUACGAAUACAUCAUCUAGAUUGAAAAUAUAUUUCAGCCAGUUAUUUGAUAAGAAAUUCCUUGAAUUAUCAGUUCUGAAAGAGCUAGGACAACUAGGUAUUUGCUGAAGUGCCGGAUUUGGCCUGCUCGUUUUUGGUUUAAAUGGUGAUUUUGCAAGAACAAAAGAGCAUUGGAAAACGAAUGAAAUCCCUAACACCAAUGGAAAUAACCUGACUGAUCGUCAAUAUGCUUAUCUCUGAGGUGAUGGUGAUCAGCGUGCUUAUGACUGCUUGACGAUUUUAUAGACCAAUGCAGUUCAGUUCAGAUUUUAAUUUGAUUGACAAAAUAUAAGGAUUAUUUUACUAAUCGCCCUCGCUUUCCCUUGAAGGAUACUCAUCUUAAAACAGCUCGUGGUUUUGUUCCACUUUAUUUUCCAAUGUUGAGAAUUUAAUGGAAAUUUCAGGAAACAUCGUUGGAGCCACCAUUAUUAGGCCCUGAUAUCAACGGUAAACGUGAAAUAUUUUUUGGAUAUUGAAAUAAGGGAUUAACCCAACGGCAGUGUCAUAUUUCCUAAGCUAAGAAAUAGAUUUAUUGAAAAUGUGGAGACAGGAAUUACGGAUUUUCAAAUGGUAGCUUAUACUAGUUUGGCAAAAGAAAAAAAAGUAAAGCCAGCGUUUUGGAUUGAUUUCCAAAUUACUUUCGGUGUGUCAGUGAAUAAUUUAUAUCUAUAUCUUUAUCUUGAAUGUGUACGAAAAGUUUUAUUUGUAUUUUUGAAAGCAUUGAAAUUAAUCCUUUCAAUAGCUGCUUUUGCAAAAUUUUGAUUUAUUUCCUAGUAUUUGUUUGUCAUCAGAUUUUAUAUUUAUAUUCUAUGGCCUAAAUUCUGACUGACUGGUAAGCCAGCUUGAUCAGUUAGGAGUUAUUCUCCAGUUGGCUUGGUUAAACACUGGCCCAUAUCAAUGCGAGAAACGCAUAAUAUUCAUACAAGAUUACCCAGAAUAUUGUCAAAACUUUUUUGCUGUGGUUGUUAUUAAACACCCAUUGUGAGCCGAUCUUUCCCGGCAAUUGAGUCUUUUAACGGAAGUAGAUAACACGUUUUAAGAACAAAAUGGAGAAAAGUACUUCAUAUUUGUGAAAGUUAUGCUAAAUUAUUACUAUACUUCCUGGACAGCCUAGUUGAGACUUUGAGAACAAAGUAAAUAAAUAUGGCACGCAUGCGCAUUCUUUAUCGUUUAGUUUUUCCCAGAAGAUCACAGAAAUGCAUUGGUUUAUUAUAAACAGAAUGACAAACAGAAAAAGACCAAGAGAGUAUUCCUGUACCACAUCAGAAAUGUUUGGUAUGCAGAUAGAUAACACAUAAAGCUAAAUUUGUACUUAUUAAGAAUAUUGAAAUCAACAAAACUAACAACUGGAGUGAUGAAAUUUUGUCUUCCGUAAACAUCUGAAUGCUGUAAACAUCGUGGAACAAAAAACACACGAGUAAAUGGAAGCAAGAAAAUCUAACCGACUAUAUAAACAAGACUACAGAAAAAAUCAAGGAUCUGUUCUUAUUUGAAAACAAUUCUCUAUCGUUCAUCAAUUUAAAGAUCUGAAUGAACUUUGUUUUGCUCACUAAAUAUUUAUCGUUUGCUCUCCACACAUGGUUUUCUUUUCAGUAAAUUAAUCUGAUUACAUGCUUCCUUUAAACUGAUCUUCCCGCCUGUGAUUUUUUCCAUUACAUGAAUAAAGUUUUUGACUGCCCAUUCACAUCUGGCAUCACGUUAUCCCAAUAUCUUUAGAAAAUCAAGUAGGCUUAAUUUUUCUAUCAACUAGGGAGAAAAUUUCUCGAAAAAUUCAUUAGGUUUAGGCAGGAAUGUAUGUUCUGCGUACUCUUAAUGCUGUGAAGGGAAAGCUUGUCCGGUCCAUCGUCUUAAAUGGCAGCUCAUAAUGUACGAUGUUGUUAUUUCAUAGGAUGUUGAUACAAAACCUAAGUUUGUGCUAGAUAAAUAUUCCUUGUUGAACUAAACCCAGUUGUUACUCGUUAGACACACCGUAGCUAUUUUGAUCACCAAUCGUCGUCGAUGAUUACAAAUUGAAUCUCGAUAUAAAAAUUCUUCUCGUAACAGAUGAGAGUGUAACCACAACGGCAAGAAAGGAUGAACGUAUCGUAAAACUUUAUUUGCUUCACCCCCUCAUUAUCGUAACCUUAUUAAAAAAUGGUGCUUGAUCACUUUCACCCUUUGCAUAAAAUUUCGUCAAUGAAAAUUACUUCUGCUUAAUAACAAAUGGAAAUUUAAUAAACGUUGGCUCGAAAGACGAUAACUCGUCGAUUUUCAGAAGGCAUUUUCACUUCGUGAUUAAUCGCUCUUGCUGGGAUUAAGUUGUUUUGUCGUUCUAGGCAACGUAAACUGUAUUCAGUCCUUCAUAACAUCUUUCCUUGGGCGAGAGUAGAUAUUUUCUCUAUACAAUUAUUUAGCAUUCAUUCGAGAUUUUAAUCCAAGAACACAAUCCAGGCAGGCGCUACCAAAAGAAGUUGCUGAGACCUAAAGUAUUUCCCAUGAUUUGUUCUGCUUGCUUACGCGACAAAACACGCAAGAAGUGCGUGAAAAGAAAAACGCACAUAUCCUGGUUACACUGCGUGUGCCUUACUCUAAUCCGAAUCCAUUUCUAAUGUUUAUGCGCAGUCUGAAGAAUCUCUUUUAAUAUUACAGACACUCUUAUAUCAGUACAAUGUACAUAAUAUUUUGCUACAUUAUUGAGUUCUAAAGUGGCGACGGCGCAAAAAUCUAUUUUUAGAAUUUUUUUAUUUGGAUCCCAUCUGAAAGAGUAUCACAAAAUACCUCUAAAUAGGAAAAAUCAGGGUGUUUUGAAUUGGCAGAGAUAUGGCCACAUGUGUAUUAGAUCUUUCCCCAUCAAACCUCUGUAUUUUGGUCUCUGUUCAUAACUUUAUGAACAGAGCGAAUAUAACAGUGGUUCGUUAGCAAACUACAAACCUUUCAUUGGGCAUUGCUCAACCGAUUUUAGACGUAUUUGGCCAAUUUUGGAUGAUUAAAAGUAUUUUAUGGUGAUCUUUCAUGUUAAGUGCUUAAAAUUCAUAAAUCCAAAAAAUCGGGUUUCGAUGACGUCACACUUUAAAACUCUAUUGCCUUUGUUAAUAGCUGCUAUACUCGCGCCGGUGUAUAGUUGUUUAAGAGCUUUGAUUGUUCCAAGGUUAGAAAUUUAGUCUUCAAAUAAGGCAAGUAUGAUUUCAAGGACAAUUCAGUUUAUACUCAACCUGUAAAAGGCAAGUAUGUUUUCCGUUUCUUGGAGCUGUCUUGAUCUACCAGUUGAAACCAAUAUACGCAAAAAACAUUGCAGAAUCAACUCAUCCCGACUUAUGCAAUAUCCAAUGAACAUUAUAUAAAUUGUCUGAGUCCAGUUUACAAAUAGCAAGGUAUUUAGAGAAUGGCAGUCGGUUUAUUAAGGUUUGGAAUUUAUGAUUUUCCUACAUUCCAAAGCGUUGGGAAGAUGUUGUCGGCGGCUACAGUUGUAAAUAAAACUAUAUACGCUAGUCAAUACAGUGUCGUCUAAAAAUGCUUUAUUUAUUUGGGAUUACAAGGUUACUUCCAAUAUCUUUAAGAUAUUUUUGGAACUAAAAUGGGAAAUUGUCUGCCACGCUCACGGGUUUUUAGCCUAUGGGGUUGAUGGGUUUAGUAAGCCUAAAGAUAUGCUUGAAAUCUUCUCAAGUGUUAAGAGACCCCGAUCCCAAUUAGCUUUUAUCUUUGUGAUUCGAAAGACAGUACUCUCUUGUAUACAGUUUAUUACUGUUCAUUGUUCGUAUUUUAGGCCACUUGACAUCGCCUCUUUAUCCGUUUUAGCAAAUUUUUAGCUGCAUUCUUUCAAAACUUUCAUUAUAUGACAAAUUCCGUCUCAUUCAUAUGCGUCCGUAGGUUUGGAAAAGUGCAAGCAAAAGUCUAAAAAUCUCAUAACUGGUGAUUUUUUCCCCACUAAACACAGUAUUUUCCGUUGAUAACAGUUCCCACUCGCGUUUGCUUGCGUCAUACCCGACUCUUAAUCAUUCGCUAGCCAAACGAAACACCAACUACGUUCCAUGCUUCAACAGAGCUGCCCAUGGCGUGAACAUUAUUCCAUUGCUUGUAUUUCGUUAGCAGCUGCGAACAAGCUUGCUAUGAUAACAAUAAAUCGAGUUGUACGAAAUCAUGGGAUAUCUUUAAUUAUUAGCGAUUUCGUUUUAAUCAGCCUCACGAUUACAUUAACAGGUGGCUUCCCUUUAAGUCCUACAAUCAAUAGCACUUAAUUUUCCAGCAAGCAGUGCAUACUAUAACUCGGGUGACAUCUGGAGAUUCAACGGAGGUACAAGGACAGAUGAAGGCUACGGCCCUAGUCCACACGUGACAAGAAACCGGCUAUCAAUGAAUCACGUGUAAGAAUCAGCUAAUCGACUGAAAUCACACAUGCUCCAAAAAAAUUGAAAUGACACAUUUUAUUGUGACAGCCAGCUUCAAUAAAACAAUUUUAAUCAAAUUUUAUCAAGAUUUAAAGAAUUAUUUACAGCGCAGUAACGCUUAAUUGAUCACAUGGUGAUACUUUUAUAAAUGACUGUCCUGUGCCAUUCCGCCACUGGAGACAAUCCAAGUAUAAGAAGCUAAGACAAAAGGUCUCAAAAGACUUUUGAUCAUUCGUUCAAAAUUUUAGGAAAGGAAAUUCAAAUCAGAUCACACCGAAUGUACCUACGCAGCCUAUACCUUUAUGCCAUUUUUCGAAAAAGGGCGCUCGAAAUAAAGCAUGGUGAUCGCACCCUUGCCAGAGAUUCAAAGUGUAGUUAAAAGAAGGGUCAGGCCCCUCUUCGAAGCAUCUUUCAUCUUUCCACAGCUCUCUUCAGGCAGUAACUCCAGGACGUCACCUGAAUGAUCCUCGGUUUGCGGUUGCGGUUGCGGUUGGCAGCCGUAAAGCCAUGGCCAGUGUUUUGAUAAAAGCCGGGGAUGCUAGGAAUCAGUAUCAUUCUGAUGGAGAAAAGGCCUGGGAAAUUUUGGUGUAUAAAUAAGAUAACAAUCCUUGCAUUCGACCUAACGUUGGAAAAACAGUCAGAGAUUGACAAGACUUUCAUUAACAACCCCUCACAAGUUGGAUAAGAUCGGAAAAGAAGCUGAAACAAUGAAGAUUGAUAUCUUGGCGAUUUUUAUCAUUCUCCAAUCGUAUUUGGGUUAUGGUCACACAUAUAUCAACGAAAAAAGGCAUGCAUUGAUAGGCGUCCUGACUGCAUGAGGCUGAAGACCAUUGGAUGGUGCGGUAGGCAAUCGCAAAUAAUGACUAAAGUCUGCAAGAAGACUUGCCAAGCUUGUGAUG